GACAGCGAGGCGAACAUCCGGUCUCUUUUUGGUGGCGGAGUGUUGUCGAGUCAGUUUUACAACAUGAAGGUAAGAGAAGUAAAUUCAACUAAUAUUUAAAAUAACUAAUCUCUCCCUGUUAAUGUCCAGGCCGAAUUGAAGUAGUCCAUUCCAAUAUUAUAAAACCGUAUCUCGGUUUGUCUGAUAUUGCAUUGUCUUUUAGGAUGCAUGUUGAUUUUGUUGGUAACUAACUAGCUAGCUAGCUAGCUAGCUAUGGCUGACAACGUUAGUAAGUGAACCUGAAAAUAUGUCCGCCUCCUGAGAGAAAUGUGCAUGUCUUGCUUGGCGUCUUUCAUAGAACCGCAACAAAGUAUCCUCUGCUGUUUUUUAAGGGGGUGGGGGGAUACGAACAUUAUCCCUGAUGUGGGUUUGUUCACACAUCCAUAUUUCGCCAAUGAGUUACAAGUUUGUUAGUUACAACGUAGUCAUUAUCAAGGCCGCUUCCAGCCAGCUAGCUUCCAACAUCGGUAAACUAGCUACUUAACUACUGGUUCCUGUGGUCUUAACUGCGUGUCAUUGGAUCGUUCCAAAUAGUGUAGCUGCCGGAUUCACGUGCAUCCCGUGUUCUGUAUAACUAAUCUUGUUUCUAGGAAACUAACGAGUUAAACCAAUUGCAUCAACUAGUUAACAUACUAGUAGUAUCUGCCAAUUGCUAGCAUCCCGUGUAUAGCUGCAUCAUGUUGCACUCAAUUCAGCUGUCUCACCAUACUGACUUGUUUUGGUUAGGCUACUGUAUUAGUUAAUUAUUCAACUCAUCUAAAGUUUGUUAUGGAUGGGUAGCUUAGGUGCAAGGUGAUAGUCUAGCAAGCAAUCUGCCUGAUGUACAUUGUUAAGUCAUUCUCAACUAGGGUAGUUUGCUACAUCUGGUCAAUCUACAACACACUGAUCUGUAUAUCUGUCUCUCUCAGCUGAAUAUCUCGUUUCCUGCCACUGGCUGUCAGAAGCUGAUUGAAGUUGAUGAUGAGCGCAAGCUGCGAACCUUCUACGAGAAGCGUAUGGCCACAGAAGUGGCUGCUGAUCCCCUGGGAGAUGAGUGGAAGGUAAGCUUCGGUCACUAAGAAAGCAGCUCAGUUUUCAGACAUUAACAUCAUUUAGCAGACGGUCUUAUCCAGAGCGACUUACAAAUUGGUGCAUUCACCUUAUAGCCAGUGGGAUAACCACUUUACAAUGUUUUUUUUUGGGGGUUGGGGUAAGGGGGGGGGUAGAAGGAUUACUUUAUCCUAUCCCAGGUAUUCCUUAAAGAGGUGGGGUUUCAAAUGUCUCCGGAAGGUGGUGAGUGACUCCGCUGUCCUAGCGUCCUGAGGGAGCUAUACUUAACCAGACCCUGCUGGUUAAGUAUUUUUUUUUAUAGUUCAAUUAGUUUGUCCCAAACUCAAGUGAUUGUGGUCUUCACUAUUUACGCCAAGCUCAUUGACUAUAGCUUUGGGUAAUUUUGGAAUUGUCAAUUUAAUGCCAGUGUGUCUUGAAACAGAACAUUGAUACUGCUUGUGUUCGUUUCAACAUGAUCUCACACACCUUAGUAAAUGUCUGUUGUGAUCAAUAGGUCCUUGUACAGAGCAAGUUUUUUUUACUUAAUCUUAGCUCAUCUCUCCCAGGGCUACAUGGUGCGCAUCAGCGGAGGCAACGACAAGCAGGGCUUCCCCAUGAAGCAGGGUGUGCUGACCCAUGGCCGUGUGCGCUUGCUACUUGCUAAGGGCCAUUCCUGUUACCGCCCCCGCAGGACAGGAGAGCGCAAACGCAAGUCUGUCCGUGGCUGCAUCGUUGAUGCCAACCUCAGUGUGCUGAACUUGGUUAUCAUCAAGAAAGGUAUGGAGUUGUAAUGAUGGUAAUGAUUUUCUCUGGCACACCUUAGUAGACCCUUUCUGGCUGAUCUGUAGCCUCAAAGGGGGGACAGUGUUGUGCUACAGAAACUGUAGAGCUGCUUUACCAGAUGCAACCUGACCCUCUGACCAUGGCUGGUUGAACUGCAAUGCUCUCCCAAUCCUUUCCCUGUUUAACAUUGGGUUAUUUUGAAAGGUGAUACAUUUUUUUAUUAAACCUUUAUUUUGACAGAAAGUCCUACUGAGACUAGGGUCUUUUAAAUUUAUUUAUACAGAUGAGUCCUGCAUAAAUACAUCAAAGUCAUACAGUAUACAAGAUUACAAAACAUAUUAAGGAAAACAAGACGUGCCUGGUUUCACAACUGUGUACCAUUGAAACCAACUUGAACAUCCUCAGUACUGUUCUGCUCCCGCUGCCAGCGCUUGGAUGUGGUUAACCAUUUUGGUGGUGAUUCUGUAUAGACUGUUUUGAAUCUAGUGUCUUGACACUUUUUCCUGCAUCCCAGGCGAGAAGGACAUCCCCGGCCUGACCGACAGCACCGUGCCCCGCCGCUUGGGACCCAAGAGGGCCAGCAAGAUCCGCAAGCUCUUCAACCUGGCCAAGGAGGACGAUGUCAGGCAGUACGUUGUGAGGAGACCCCUGACUAAAGAAGGUGAGGCCAACACUGCUUCUAAAUGGUCCUGUUAAUGAAUGGAUCGGUAAAGAGCUUAGCACAUUGGCGCUUGUAAACUCUUGACAGCGUGAUUUUAUUUUGAAAACUAAUAUUUCUGCUUGCCAAAUUGUUCGAGAGUUAUUGUCUGGCACACCAGUAGACCCUUUCUGGCUGGUCUGUAGCCUUUAAGGGGGGACAGUGUUGUGCCACAGAAACUGCAGAGCUGCUUUACCAGAUGCAACCCGACCCUCUGACCAUGGCUGGUUGAACUGCAAUGCUCUCCCAAUAAGUUGCCAUUCAAUAAGUAUAUUGGCUAAAAUCAGAUUUGAGGCAAGUUAUACAUUUGUAUGGGACAUCUUUCUUUCAUGUGAACAUUGGCAGUCCAAAUUAGUCGAUACGCACAAAACAGUCAAACUAUAAAACAUUCGGAAUACUGGCUAGAAUGAAUAACGGCUACAACUAUCACUAAGCUGGACAUACAUUCCAUAAACAUUGAAACCCUUAACUAUUUUCCCCAUGUGCACAGACUUUGUAGUAAAUGCCACUGGUAACACCUCUCCUCCCCUGCCUUUUCCAGGUAAGAAGCCCAGGACCAAGGCUCCCAGGAUCCAGAGGCUGGUGACACCCCGUGUGCUGCAGCACAAGCGUCGCCGCAUUGCCCUGAAGAAACAGCGCACCCAGAAAAACAAGGAGGAGGCUUCUGAGUACGCCAAGCUGCUGGCCAAGAGGAUGAAGGUACGGAAAGGGAGACCACUAAGGCAUUUGGCUGUAAUAUUAGUCAUUAUCUGUUAUGUCUAAUGAAUUGCCCUGAAUGUUGAAUACCAAUUAUUUCAUUCCUACGAUUGCAAGCGAAUUGAUGGUGUUGCAAGUUCUCAUAAAAUGGUUAAUCAAAUAUUACAAUUAAUUGAAAUGUCCAUAGGUACAAAAUCCUGCAUGAAGUGUACAAUAUUGCCAUUGAGUAACUUGUAGUCCGUAGGAAGACUAACAAAUCUCAUCCUUGUUUGCAGGAGGCUAAGGAGAAGCGCCAGGAACAGAUCGCCAAAAGACGCCGUCUCUCAUCCCUUAGGGCCUCCACAUCCAAGUCUGAGUCCAGCCAGAAGUGAAAUGUGGAAUUGAAUAAAAAAAUGUUUUGCUGUU